ACAUUUAUCUGUGGUUGGUCCAGUCCAGAAAGAUAAUCAUCCCCAGCCUCCCCUAAUUCAUGGCUGACAGCGCCUUUUGUGUGCAUACAUGGCAGUAGGUUUUCCCGUUUGUACUUGAAUGCAGCUCUUUCCCGAGCCCCACCUUUUCUGCCAGUGCCUCGCGCACAGGUAACAAAACUUUCUCAGCGUUAGUUACCUGUGUCGCGUCACUCAGCAAACACGCCUACAUGCUGUGAGGAGACUUACUGGGCUCCAGAAGUGGUUCGCCGCUGCCACAGCCAUGGCCGAAUCCCAGCUCAUGUGCAUGGAGGACGGUCACAUCGGUGUCAAUGUGCCGGAAUCCAAACCCGAGUUUUACUACAGCGAGGAGCAGCGCGCGGCCAUCGAGGAGCUCCUCAAGAAUGGCGACGGUGCCUUCAAGACGCGACUCAAAAAUGACAACAUGAAAGACUUUCUGUCGGCCAGAGAAGUCAAACUUGUUACGAGCACCUUUAAACAGUACGACUCGGGUAAUGAGGAAAGCGGCAGCAGCCAGGCGUCAGCGUCCGGUACCGACGCGGACUCAGGGGUCCACUCCACAUACUGGCCCACGAUGUCGGACACGGAGGUGCCACCGCUGGAUAACGGCUGGCCCAACGGGAGCGUGUUUAGAGGGGUGACCCGGGUUGCCGUGCACACACACCCGCCUAAAGAAAACGGACCUCACAUCAAGGAGGUGGUGCGGCGGCUCAUCCAGGAGGCCAGCAAGGUGAUAGCGAUAGUGAUGGACAUGCUCACAGACGUCCACAUCCUGCAGGACCUGAUGGAUGCGGCCUUUCGUCGCUCCGUACCUGUUUACAUCUUGUUGGAUAUUCAAGGUGUGCCUCACUUCCUGGAUAUUUGCUCCAGGCUGCAGAUUGGCUCACAGCACCUUCGGAAAAUUCGAGCCAGAUCACUUCAGGGACUCGGCUUCAAUCUGUCCUUCGGCAGACUUCCUGGUUCUCUGUGUAACAAGUACAUGCUGGUGGACGGAGACAAAGUGGUGUUUGGCUCGUACAGUUUCUCCUGGUGUACAUCUCGUAUGGACCGGAACAUGAUCACUGUGAUGACGGGACAGGUGGUCGACUUCUUUGACCGGGACUUCCGGGAGCUGUACGCCAUCUCUGAUAAAAUGGACCUGUACAAGGAGUUCCACGUCAGUCCACCUGCUGCUGACAAGACUGCAACAAUAACACGCUCCAAAACGGGGCCAAAAAGGCCACCUUUACCUGCAACCACGUCCCGCUUCCAGGUCAGCUUAGGGGAUUCACCGAAAGGUGACAUCCAGGUGCCUGCUCACAAAUACUACAACCCCAAAUACUCACUGGUAUUUGGGGACAACCCCCCACGUACACCGGCUUCUCUGCAGGAGCCUGGACCCAAGAGAAAGUCCACUUUGGCUGAGGUUCUCGAGGAGAUGGACCCUGAAGAGCCACGAGUGGCGAGCAGUGACAAGACGGAACGCAGGGGUCCGCUGCCUUCAGUAGACCCGAAGGAAAUCUUCAAGAAGCCAAAUGGGAUCAAACCAGAAAAGAAGGGACGGAAGACACUGAAAGUCAACUGGAAUAAAUUGUCCAGUAAGGAUCCAGUCAACAGCCAUGUGAAUAGUACAACACCCCCACCCACAGAAACCAACAGAACUGAAGAGAGCGAGGACAGCUUUGAGGUUAUUGUGAAAACUCCAAACAAAUGGAAAAGUAAGAAGAUGUCUAAACUGGGCCGCAGAUCAGAGUCUGAACAAACUGUCAACACUGGACAAGAAAAUGAGAGUAUUACGAGUCAGCGUCGUGGAAAAUCACCCUGCAAAGUUUCCUGAGGUCAACCUGCCCACCCAACCACAUAUCAGAUUACAUUCUUGAAAUGGUUUACAGUAUGACACCAACAAUACCUUUUGAAUGUGCAAUAGUGUUAUUCUUUUAUAAGCAGCGCCUCACAGAGACAGAAUGGUUGUGCAGUCUAUCGUCACUUUUUUUUAAAAGUUUUGUGCCAAAUUUAAAAGGCAAAAAAUCAAUAAUAUGCUACGCUAGAGAUGUUACCCUGGUGGGAUGCAGACAGAGAGCUUUAAUGGGAUAUUCCCUGGUGGUAAACAACAUUUAGAUUGCUCAGUAGAUUUUGGAUCAGUGCAUUUUCAGUGUUUACGUUGUUACUGGACCAACUGUGAGAUAGUUGGUGUAGUGCAAGUUAAAUACACUAAGGGCAAAAAACAGACUACAGAGAGUUUAAGAGAAGAAGUUUUCUGAGGUUACAAAUAAGAUACACAUUAUCAAAUAUCCCAAAGUGGAUCAGCUUUAAUUUCAAAAUAAAGAGUCCAGAUCAAUAUGACAUACAGUAUCUCCAAUGAUUCACUUAGGCUUUCUCUGAUGAAGAGAAAUCCAGUCUUGUUUUAUCCUCAUCUAAUAUUUUUGGGCGAGUGGAUCUUCAGAUAAUUCAUGAAAAUUUGCUGGCCAAGUCUGCUUUAACAGUUCCCUACAUUACAGCCACUGCAUUUGCCUCUUUUGCUCUCAAUUCAGACGUUCUUCUAAAUGCAGCUAAAGCCUGCUCAAAUGUGAUUGGUCACGAUCAAGCAGGUUACAAAUCUAACGCAGAACUCUUCCAACAUCAGAAGAAACCUGAAACUGGAUAUAAUCUAGAAUUUACGGAUUUCUCCCACUGAUAAAACCAAACCAAAAGAACGUGCCUUACCCCUGAUGAUGAGGAUAUUUUUCUGUGGUGUUACUUUUCUGUGAUCUUGUGACUAUUGUCACAAGAUAGUCUUGUUCCAUAGUGAUUGUUUCUGUGUCCAUUCACACUUUUAUGCUAUGAUCUCUUGUACAUAGAGUGCUCAAUAAAUGGUUUCAGAAUACAAAGAGCUUUAAAUUAGUUAAUGACAUUUUUCAUGUUUUAUAGAAACUGUCCUGUAUAGGUUGUGAGGCCCAUAUAGAGCCAUUUUUCUUUGCUCACUCUUUCCUGAACAUGCUUGUGUUUAUAAGCGUGCUGUUACUUGUUUUGCCUGACACUGACGCAGUGGCAGGAAUUACAGGCAUUGUUUGCUUAAGAUAGUCAUAAAAAGGAAUCAUUUUUACUUUCAGCCUGUUUCAUAACCCAUUAAAAACUAUUUCAGAUUGGGCUUUGUUUUUAAAUCUGAAAAAUGUCCAAUAAUAAUAAAAUAAUCAUCUUCUAACAAUCAUUCUGUAACACA